CGUCGUUUUAGGAAAUGUGAAGCAGAGAUACAGUAUCAAUUGUGGUGUGAAAAAUUAGAACUUCACUAUCAACUUUAUAGUUAGCAAUUCGUUUGCACAUUACAGAAUAAAGGACAAGAAUGUGGCUGUCUGGUGCUAGGUUGUUUUGCAGGCUCCUUAAUCCAACUUUUAAAUCAAGAACAUUUGAAUAUUCUUCAACUCUUGUGUACAGUCAAAAGCCUAAGCCAGGACUACUGUGUCCAUCUUUACAUCGUACAGAUAGAUCAAAUUUUAGCACAAGCAGGGCUACUGACUGGAAAGUGAUAGCAGAAGAAAAAGGGGAGAUGAUAAUUCGUAGUCCAUAUCGAGAUGUCCCUGAAGAUGAGCGAUCAUUUGGAGAAUUUAUGUUUUCAUUCCUUGACGAAUACAGCAACUAUGAACUUAUGGUUGACUACCCAACAGGCCGCAGGAUCACAGGCUCUGAGAUAAAGGACCAUGCAGUAAAGGUAGCCAGUGCCCUCACAAGGUAUGGCUACAGGAAGGGUGACGUUGUCAUGGUGUUUGCCAGUAACUGUUUGGAGUACCCAAUACUCUUUCUGGGAUGUAGUAUUGCAGGGAUAGCUGUCAGCACUGCCAACCCCAUCUAUACUCCAGGAGAGCUGGCGCGUCAACUGGCGCACAGUGAGACGAAAGCUGUGUUCACUGCCAAGGACAUGCUGCCAACUGUGCAUGAGGCCCUCAAUAUGAACCAGGAGGCAAGGGAAAGGGUCAAGGAUAUUAUGCUUAUAGAUGGGGAGGGUGAGGGUUGUCGUCCAUUUUCCACACUGAUUGCUGAUGAUGGGUCCAUGUUUCCAGAGAAUGUAGACAUUGACCCGCGGGAAACUAUCUUCACUCUCCCGUACAGCAGUGGCACAACAGGGCUACCCAAGGGUGUCAUGCUCUCACAUUUCAACAUGGUGAACAACCUCAAACAGGGAAUGAGUGGUCAGAUGCAGUUCCGUGAAGGUGAGGAGAUCCUGAUGGGAUUAUUGCCAUUCUACCACAUCUACGGGCUCAUGGUCCUGCAGUUUUCCCCCCUCACACAGGGCGCCAAGCUCAUAAUUCACCCAAGGUUUGAUCCACAGGCAUUCCUCAAGUCCAUCGAACAACAUAAGAUCACAUAUGCCAACCUGGUGCCCCCAAUCGUGUUGUUUCUAGCCAAGCAUCCAGCCGUCUCCGAUUUCAACCUAUCAUCCCUGCAGACCCUGGUCAGUGCAGCCGCACCUCUUGGACUUGGGGUCACCAGGGAGGUGGAAUCUCGACUUAAUGUCAACCUUUUACAGGCAUACGGCCUGACAGAGUGCAGUCCGCUCACACAUUAUGAUGAAGUCCCACACAAGCGGGGAACCAUCGGCAGACUGAUACCUAACACACAGGCAAAAGUGAUCCAUCCAGUGUCUGGUGAAACCCUUGGUGUUGGAGAGUCUGGGGAAAUCCUUAUAAGAGGGCCUCAGGUCAUGGUCGGCUACCUUAAGAACCAGGAGGCCACAAAUGAAACUGUGAAACACGGAUGGCUCUAUACUGGUGAUAUAGGUCAUGUGGAUGAGGAUGGCUAUUUCACAAUCUCAGACAGACAAAAAGAGCUCAUCAAGUACAAGGGAUAUCAGGUCGCCCCAGCUGAACUAGAAGCCCUACUGUGCACCCAUCCUCAUAUUCAGGAUGCAGCAGUAGUGGGGCUGCCCAUUGGAGAAGAGGUUGGCGAGGUGCCAAAGGCAUUUGUGGUUGCCACACCAGGGGCAAAAGUCACAGAACAGGAUGUGCAUGAUUUUGUUAACAAGAAUGUAGCUCCCUACAAAAAGCUCAGAGGAGGUGUGGAAUUCAUCGACCAGGUACCAAAGACGGCCAGUGGCAAGAUUCUCCGCCGGACACUGAAGCAAUUUUAGCGAAAUACACUUUAUUUUGCGUUAAAAAAUUAAUUUGCAUGUAAAAAUAAACACAAACUGCUAUCUUGAA